AACCUCCGCUCCCCCCUGCGCUGAGCGCUGACAGCAGGCUGACCGGAGACCGUCGCUGCCGCCGCCGCCGCCGCCGCUUCCGCCACCAGCUUCCACUCCACGUUGUGAGUCCGGAUACAAAGCGACACCAGGACGGGACUUAAUUUCUGUCACGGGAAACAAAAACAACACAAACAAAGUGUUUUCUUGGAGGCUUUUUUUUUUGGACACGCUGACCGCCGAGCUUCCUCCUCCUCCUCCUCCUCCUCCGGUGCUGAACGGACUGUCGGUGAAGUGAGACUCCGACUGAGAGGCCGACAGCUGAGAGACGUUUGACUGCAUGAAGAGGCCGAGUGACGGGACCCUGGUCCUCACCUAGACCCCUCCCACGACCCCCCCACUGCCUGGACAUGAGGUUGUUCCGAUCGUUUGCAAACGACGACCGCCAUGUCAUGGCCAAGCAUGCCAGCAUCUAUCCGGCGCCGGAGGAGCUGGAGGCGGUGCAGACGCUGGUGUCUACCGUGGAGGGAGCCCUCAAGAAAGUCUCUGAUUGGAUGGAUGGCCUCAACAAAUCCUCAGGGAAGACCCCCACCAAUAAAGAGGCUGGGGACAAGACGGAGGAUGACGCUGCUGAGACAAAGCCUGACAGUACUUCAGUGCUGUGCGGGGUGACCCGCGUCGGUCUGGUCGCCAAAGGCCUGCUGAUCAAAGGGGACAUGGACCUGGAGCUGGUGCUGAUGUGCAGGGAGAAACCCACCAAGCUGCUGCUGUACACCAUCAGCGCCAACCUGCCCCUGCAGAUCCAGACAAUGACGGAGGACAAAUACGAGGUGCAGUCGUGCGUGCCUGAGGCAGCCAUCCGGGUCUGCAGCACCAAAGACCCCCGACUCACUCUGAAGAUCACCCUCUCCUCCUUAACCAUGAGGGAGGAGCACGGCACCACAGAAGAAGAGGAGGGCCAUCAGGACGACAGCAAGGGGAGGCAGGAGGAGAAGGAGGAGGAGGAUGUCCUGGACAGGAAGAAGUGCCAGGCUGCGCUGGCUUCGCUCCGACACGCCAAAUGGUUCCAGGCCAGAGUCACAGAUCUCAAGUCUUGCGUCAUCAUCUUGAGGAUUUUCAGAGACAUGUGCAACAGACUGGCUGGGUGGCAGCCUCUCAAAGGAUGGCCUCUGGAGCUCAUCUGUGAAAAAGCCAUCGCCACCUGUAACCGGCCGCUGGGUCCAGGUGAAGCCCUGCGUCGGGUCAUGGAGUGCAUCGCCUCAGGGAUCCUGCUGCCAGGAGGGCCAGGAGUUCACGACCCCUGUGAGAGGCAACCCACAGACGUCCUGUCUGACCUCAGCGCCCAGCAGGCGGACGCCAUCACACACAGCGCACAGCAUGCGUUACGCCUCCUAGCCUUUGGACAGCUUUACAAGGUCUUGAAUAUGGAUCCUCUUCCCGCCAGCAAGCCCUCACAGAGGCUGUUAGAAGGCGGCUGUCAGAAGAGGCUCCGGGAGGACGCCGGGUCAGACGACAGAGACUUCAUCAAAAGGAUGAAAGUGCUGGACUGGAGAAUGACGGAUCCAAACCACCCCAUGAACGCUCUGAUGCGUCUGAACCAGAUCCACCCGGGCCUCCAGUACCGCCUGCUGUCCCAGUCUGGCCCCGUGCACGCUCCGGUCUUCACCAUGUCUGUGGAGAUCCAGGGAACCACCUACCAGGCCACCGGGAACUCCAAGAGAACCGCCAAGCUCCAAGUGGCCCUCAAGGCGCUGCAGGCUCUGGGAUUUGUGCUCGGCGGGGACGGAGACAUCGACUCGCUGAGCGCGGAUGAGAAGUCAGAUGGCGAAGGCAAGAACGACAGGAUGUCCACUAGCUCCAGCUCCACCUCCAUCACCUCCUCCACAGACACACAGGAGAAAAGUCAUAGUAUAGUGGAGGUGGACAAGCAGGUGUUUCGGGGGACGGGUCCCAAUAAGAAAGUAGCCAAAGCCAGCGCAGCGCUCGCCGCCCUGAACAGCCUGUUCUCUGGCUCCAAAUCUACAAGCAACAAGAAGAAGAGACCCAACCCUCCUCCCAAACGGCCUGUUGCUUCAGUGCUGACACUCCCGGCCCUCGCUGCCAGACCUCCACGUGUCCCCGUCAUCCCCAGAGCACCCUACAUCAGCACCCCACCCACACAUGGUUACAUCCCCCCAGGUUUCGGUGCUCCUUAUGGUUACAGCCCUGCAGGUGCCCUUCCUCCCUACGGUUUUCCCUCCAGAAUGCCCUCAGUAGUUGUCCCAGUCAUCAGAGUCCCCACAGCAUACCCCGUCACCCACCUCUACCCUUAUUAAGACCCUCUCCUCACCUCACCCACUUCACAGGAAGUCACUUCCUGAAGUUACAGACAGGUGGCAAAUUAAAGGAAAAUCUGAAUAACUGAGUCUGGUCAGGAUGACAGUGCCCCAUCUGUAGGGCAUGAGGGGUCACUGAAUGGUUUAAUGAGGAUGAUAAUAAUUUGAAUCAUAUGCCAGGCCUCAGCCGUCACCAGAUCUCAACAGCAUUGAACACCUGUGGGAGAUUUUGGGCUGACGUAUGACGACAUUGCUCUCAACCACCAUCAUCAAAACACCAAAUUAAAGACCACUGAGCACUGAAGCUGUGACGGGGGCACAAGGUGGCCCAACACCUUACUCAGAUUCUUUACAAUGGUUUGACCUUUAGUUCGCCACCCGUCUUAUAUCCUGACUUUUACUGUGUUCAUGACACAAGCCUCAAAAACCAACACUGGAAUCCACAAACUGUUGACCAGUAUACCCAGUAUAUCAGUACCAUUGUUGUAUGGCAUGUUCCCUCAUUAGCAAGCGGCUACAUUAAAUUGGCCAUUAGAAAGUCUUGUGGCAGUUCGACAACAAAGCUCUUUGAUCAUCAAACCAUUCUGCAGUGUGUUAAAGGCUGGUGAGGUAAAUAUUACGCAGUAACACAUAUAAAGCUAAACUCCUGCUGUAGGCUACUCAACAAACUUUCACUGUAAACUAAAUGAAAUUCUACUUUAUAGUCUCUGUAUGGACAUUUAAAAAAUCCAUCACACACUAAUAAUUAUAUCCUGUCUCUCUGAGGGAGAACUUAUCAACAUCCACUGUAGUAAACGAAGCAAACUAAAUAUACAGUCACUGUAGGGAACCCUAAAUAAAUAAACAAACAAAGGAACACAACAGCCUCUGUUAGCAGGUAAAGGAACAGUUCUCUAUUGUGGCUGUUUUUUUAAGUUCCCAUUGUUCUCAACAUGAUGUUAAGUUCCCUAAACAAAAGCUACUUAGUAAGUAAUGUUGGCAAAUGAUUUAAUAUCCACUUUACUGCUACUUCUAACCACCCAGUGCAGAAAACUAAAUUAAUUCCCACUGUAAAAGUACUCAACUACUAAAUAUCCAUGUAGAACCCUUGAGAAAUAUCCAAAGAGGAAAAAAAAACAGUCUCUGUUGGGAACUAAAGGAACAGUUCCCUACUGUGGCUGUUCUUUUGGUUCCCAUAGUUAUCAACAUAGUGUUAAGCUCCUUUAACAAAAUAUUUACACAUAUUAAAUUAUCCACUUUACUGCUACUGCUAAGUAUCCAGCCCAGGAAACUAAAUUAAUAUCCACUGUAAGUAGAAAAAAGGUUCUAUGUAGGGAACUAAAGAAAUGACCAGAAUUCUCUGUCCAGGUGUGUUUAAUUAACAUCCAUCAUAGCAAACUAAAUGAACAGCCACUAUAGGGAACUAAAAUAAUAACAACUGCAACAACAAAAUACCCAGCACAGGGAACUAAAGUAUCCAUUGUAAGUAACUAAAAGUAUUUUGUUGGGAACUUAAGCUACACAUACUGUACACAGACUACUAAAUGUAAACCAGGGAACUAAAUAAACAUAUUGUAAGGAGCUAAAUAUGUUCUGUAGGGAACUAAAGAAGUUACUCAUCAUAUUGGCCUACUAUUAAAUAUAAACAAUAUGAAACUAAACAGACACUGUAGGGAACAAAAACAACUACUACACUAGUAAAAUGAACAUCUGCUGUAUGGGAACUAAUUCAACAACCACCACAGAAAAUUCAAAUCAGUCACUAUAGGGAACUUAAAAAAAACCACAUGUACUGACUAGUAAAUAUCCAGUGUAGGGAGUUUAAAAAAUAUCAGCUGUAGGGAACUAAAAUUUCUAUCUUAAGGAACUGAAAAUAUUUUGUUGGAAACUUAAGAUCCACCUACCAUAAACAGACUACGAAAUGUAAACCAGGGAACUAAAUUAAUGAACUGUAAGUGGCUAAAGAUGUUCUGUAGGGAACUAAAGAAAUUACUCACCAUAUUGGCCUACUAUUAAAUGUCAACAAUAUGAAACUAAACAGUCCCUGUAGGGAACAAAAACAACUACUCUACUAGUGAAUUAAACACCUGCUGUAUGUGAACUAACUCAACAACCUCUGUAGAAAAAAAACGAUCAGUCACCAUAGGGAACUUAAAAAAAAAAACACAUGUUCUGACUACUAAAUAUCCAGUGUAGAGAGCUUAAUAAAUAUCAGCUGUAGGGAACUAAUGAAACAGCCACUGUAGGGAACCAAGUAACCAUACCUACACAGACAGAAAACAGACUACAAAAUGUUAAUUGAUCAGAGAGCUUCUUUGUCAAAAUAUUAAUUAUUCCUUUAACUAUCACUCAUGUAUGUGAAUGUUGUUUUAUAUUUUCAUUUCUCUGUUUUCUAACGAUGUUUUAAGUUUCUGUGGAGAUUUUUAAAAAAACAGGUUUACAAUAAUCGGUUUGCACUGAGAAACAUUUUCCUUUUGUUUGGAUGUUCAAAGUCCGAGUUUACAGUUAUUGCUGUUGAGUAUUUGAGCUGUUGAGCCAUUUUGUGUUGAGUGAAACUACUUUCUUUUCAGGGAGAGAUUUUAUUUUGACCUGUUUGUAGGUUAAAUUCUGUUUAAAUAAAUUAAUAUUUUUGUCAA